AUGACCUGGUAUAAAAGUUUGCCAGACGAGUCCAUCACAUCAUGGAGGGUGCUCGGAAAACUUUUUUCCAGACAUUUCACGGCCUCCCGAAGACACCCGAAGUCAGAAGCCUCCUUGGAAGCCAUUAUCCAAGGAAAGGACGAGUCCCUAAGGGCAUACAUAGAAAGAUUCAAUAAGGAAGCCGUACAGGUAUCCACCACUGCCCAUAUGAAGAAGUUCUUGCUCGAGCGCGGCCUCCGACCACGCUCAGACUUCGCUAAAGCCGUCGGAAUUGAAACCCCGGCAACUCUGGACGAAUUCUUCUUCAAAGCCCAAGCCUACAUACAGUACGAGGAGAAAGAAGCCGCCCACGCCGUCCGCAAUUCCAGGCACGAAGAGAGCAUUAAAAAUGCACGCCAAGAUGAGUCUCGCCGAGGAACUGACAAAAAGAAGGAGGAUAAAACUCGGGACCCCAAGGACUACAAAGCCCCUGCGGGGAAAUUCCGAGAGUACACCCCGCUGAACGCUUCAAGGGAGUGA